AUGAAAGAAUUCGAACAGAGUGAAGCUUAUGAUCCUUAUGUACCCAAAGAUGGCACCGCUGGCGGACCGCCUAGUAAAACAGCACAAAUUCAGAAACAAAUUGAUGAAACAGUUGGCAUUAUGCGAGACAAUAUCAAUCGUGUGGCUGAAAGAGGAGAGAGACUAGACGCUUUACAAGAUAAGACAGAAAAUUUGUCUGUGUCAGCACAAGGAUUUCGUAAGGGUGCCAAUCGAGUGCGUAAGCAAAUGUGGUGGAAGGAUAUGAAAAUGAGAAUUAUUAUUGCUGUUGUACAUCGAGAUACGCCCGAAAAUAAUCCAUCUAUUCCGUUCGAAUUUACAGCAGAUAAUUUAAAGCGCGCCCAAGAAAUCAUAAAGCGGUAUCCGCCACAGUAUAAAAAGGCAGCUGUUAUACCAUUAUUAGAUCUCGGUCAGCGACAACUCGGAUGGACAAGUCUUUCAGUUAUGAACGCUGUUGCCAAGUUAUUGGAGAUACCACCUAUGCGUGUAUAUGAAGUUGCAACCUUUUACACUAUGUUUAAUAGAGAACCAGUUGGAAAAUAUUUCCUUCAACUUUGCACAACAACACCAUGUCAAUUGUGUGGAUCAAUGAAGAUCCUAAAAACAAUUGAAGACCAUUUAAAAAUAAAAGUCGGUGAAACUACACCAGAUAAACUUUUUACGCUCGUAGAAGUAGAAUGUGCAGGAGCUUGUGUUAAUGCACCAGAGGACUUAACACCAGAAACUACAAUUAAACUUCUUGAUUCUUUUAAAUCUGGUAAAAUUCCUAAACCUGGUCCAAUGUCCGGUCGUCAUACGUGCGAACCAAAAAGUGGAUAUACCACCUUGACGAGUGAACCUACAGGUCCGGGUUUUGGAGUUAGAGAAGAUUUAUAG